AUGGAUAUCAGCAAUUGUGAAGUGAAAAGUCUUCGUCAGUUAGUGAAAAAUGGUGCCGUUAAUAUUAACACGCGAUUUCAGUGGAAAAACAUCGGAGAUGUCAGUAUUUUGCAACUAGCAAUUGAGCAUGGUGACGACAAAUUCAUCGACGAUCUUCUGUUGAACAAAGUGGACGUUAAUCUCAACACGGAAUCGUAUGGGACUGCACUCCAUCAAGCUGUCGGUCGAGGUGAUCUUAGAUUAGUGAAAAAACUUGUUGAUCAUGGUGCAGACAUUAAUAUCAUGUCGUGUAGUGGUGAUAAGUUUACGGCAUUGCAUGCCGCUGUGAAAUCAAAUCAUUACCAAAUCGCCGAAUUUUUAAUAGCGUCUGGAGCUGAUCUCACUGCAGGAAUCGACGAUGUCAGUUUGCUGAAUACUUCUUAUAAAUGGACACCACUGGCUUUGGCCACAAUUUUAAACAAAAUUGAUUUCGUCGAGUUACUGCUGAAAGACCUAAAUUUCCACAGAAAUCUCGAUUUUUACCACUCCCCUGUCUACUUGGCAAUACGACUCAAUAAGAUUCGUAUCGUCAAACUUUUUCUCGAUCGUGGGGCAAAAGUUAAGUUUUUGAAUCAUGGAUCUUUCGGACCUUGCCUUUCGCUGACUUUCGAGUCAGAUAAUUUGGAAAUAUUCAAACUAUUCCUCAAUAACAGUGGGAAUCCUGUAACGGCUACUGACGAAGAUGAUAAUUCUCUGAUUCAUUUGGCUGUUAGAGAAGGUAGCCGUGAUAUUUUGGGUUUCCUAUUGAAAAAUGGUGCGGACAUCAACGUUGUCAACAAACAUAACCAAACAGCACUUGAUUUGGCUCUUGUGAAAUUCUCUGAAAACAUACACAACGAUAAUAGCCGUAAUUUGGAAACAGUAGAAACCAUUUUAGAGCAUAUUGUUGAACUGUGUGCGGCUAAUGUGUAUCUGAACAAGAGAAAUCUACAAGCGAUCAGCGGUGAAGAAUUUGACUGUUAUUAUGACGAUUGUAUGAGUGAUGUGAACAUUAUGAAAAAGACUAAAAUUGGUGAGAGUAAUUUAAGUUAUCACAGUGUGUUAGUUAUGAGUGUUAAUAAAUUAGCUAUAGUAUUAAGAAUGAGUUGA